AAUUCGCUUGCAGUUCUCGCUCCCGGCUGGCAGGGUGACGCGGAGCUUGGAGAGGCUGGCAGAUUGGCUUUGUUGAUUCGGUUCCUUCCCUCGCUGCAGUUGUGCCCAAGGCGAGCUGUGCCCACCUUCUCGUCCACAAGCCGAGCGGGCGCCUGAGCUUCCCCCGGCUGGUGCUGAGAUGCUGGGAAACCUCUGAAACUGGGGUUUGUGUGAGAAGAGGGAAGGGAAAAGCCCAGCCGAUCCUUUUGGACUGCAAGUCGUCACUUCCCUCUCUUGCCUUCCUCCCCCACCGCCGCACGCUCUGCUUCUUCAUCCUCCUCCUCCUCCUCCUCCUCCUCCUCCUGCUCUUCUUUCCCCGGCUCCCUGCUCGCACGCCCCCUCCCUUCCCAAUUCCUCUUCUGUACGCGGCCAAAAGCUAAGCAGUUGCCUAUAUUCUACCCCUGACUCGUGGCGGCCGAAGAAGGCAAGGCAACUUCGACUGACAUGUCAAGGAGAUUCCCUCCCUCCCGCCUCCCCACCCCGCAGAUUCUGGCAACAAUCUACCACGGGGUGCAAUGAGACCGCGCUAAAAACCGGGAAGGAUCUGUCACGGGGGGAGUUCAGAAGGAACGCCCUCCCCCGCCCCCGCAGAAAGAUGUAAAUGGAUAAAAUUUGGAACAAAACUGAUUGAGGGAAUAUUCUUAACCUGAACAGAAGACCUUUGCUCCUGUGCUGUGGAUGUUAAGCCUUGUGUAUGGCGCGGUUAAAGUUACAACCUGUCACCUCAGCCUUCCUCCGGUUUGGGCUCUUUACUUUUGUCCUAUUUUUACAUGGUCUACAAGUAGAUGCUGGCACAGGGACAGAUUCACCAAACAUAGGACAUAACACCUCAUGCUCCGGUUCUUCUGAGUGCAAGGAGGGUGUUAUCUUGCCAAUAUGGUACCCAGAAAAUCCAUCCUUGGGGGACAAAAUUGCCAGAGUUAUUGUUUAUUUUGUGGCACUCAUAUAUAUGUUUCUUGGCGUUUCUAUCAUUGCUGACCGUUUCAUGGCUUCCAUAGAAGUCAUUACAUCCCAAGAGAAAGAGAUUACAGUCAGGAAACCCAACGGAGAAGCCAUCACCACCACCAUCCGAAUAUGGAAUGAAACUGUUUCCAAUUUGACCCUCAUGGCUCUUGGUUCCUCUGCCCCAGAGAUCCUUUUGUCAUUGAUAGAGGUAUGUGGUCAUGGAUUCAUUGCUGGUGAGCUGGGCCCUUCUACCAUCGUUGGUAGUGCAGCUUUCAAUAUGUUUAUCAUCAUAGCCAUCUGUGUCUAUGUCAUUCCUGAUGGGGAGACGAGGAAGAUAAAACAUUUGAGGGUUUUCUUUGUCACGGCUGCUUGGAGCAUCUUUGCCUAUAUCUGGUUAUACAUGAUCCUUGCGGUCUUUUCUCCAGGUGUGGUUCAGGUAUGGGAAGGCUUACUCACUCUGUUUUUCUUCCCUGUUUGUGUCAUCCUGGCUUGGAUUGCAGACAGAAGGCUGUUUCUCUAUAAAUAUAUGCACAAAAAGUACCGUACUGACAAACACAGGGGUAUUAUCAUUGAGACAGAAGGGGAUCACCCCAAAGGGAUUGAAAUGGAUGGUAAGAUGAUGAACUCCCAUUUUUUAGAUGGAAACCUAGUGCCUAUGGAGGGAAAAGAGGUGGAUGAGUCUCGCAAAGAGAUGAUCCGGAUCCUCAAGGACUUGAAACAAAAGCACCCAGAAAAAGACUUAGAUCAGCUGGUAGAAAUGGCCAACUACUAUGCUUUAUCCCACCAGCAAAAAAGCAGAGCAUUCUAUCGGAUUCAAGCUACCAGGAUGAUGACUGGAGCAGGAAAUAUUCUCAAAAAGCAUGCAGCUGAGCAAGCCAAGAGGAGUACUAGCUUGCAUGAAGUACGGCCAGAGGAGCCAGAAGAAUUCAUCUCCAAAAUUUAUUUUGACCCUUGCUCCUAUCAGUGUCUUGAGAACUGUGGUGCUGUCCUCCUAACUGUUGUCCGGAAAGGAGGUGAUGUCUCCAAGACCCUAUAUGUGGAUUACAAAACAGAAGAUGGCUCUGCUAACGCUGGGGCUGACUAUGAAUUUACAGAAGGGACAGUUGUUUUGAAGUCUGGGGAGACCCAGAAAGAGUUCUCCAUAGGGAUUAUUGAUGAUGAUAUCUUUGAAGAGGAUGAGCACUUUUUUGUGCGUCUUAGCAACCUACGGGUGAUUGAUGCAGAGGAACCCCCUGAACACAACAAACUGCCAUAUCCCAAGGCCAUACUGGUCUCACCUUGUCUGGCUACUGUGACUAUCUUAGAUGAUGACCAUGCAGGCAUCUUCACCUUCGAGUGUGAUGUGAUACAUAUCAGUGAGAGCAUUGGGGUGAUGGAGGUGAAAGUUCUUAGAACAUCUGGUGCACGGGGUACAGUCAUAGUCCCCUUUAGAACAGUUGAAGGAACAGCAAAAGGAGGUGGAGAGGAUUUUGAAGACAGUUAUGGAGAACUGGAAUUCAAGAAUGAUGAAACUGUGAAGACCAUAAGGGUUAAAAUAGUAGAUGAGGAGGAAUACGAAAGGCAGGAGACUUUCUUCAUUGUCCUUGGUGAACCGAAAUGGAUGGAACGAGGAAUAUCAGCGCUUCUCUUGACUCAAGAGGUGGCAGAAAGAAAACUGACCAUGGAGGAAGAGGAAGCCAAACGUAUUGCAGAAAUGGGAAAGCCAAUACUGGGUGAACAUCCAAAACUGGAGGUCAUCAUUGAAGAGUCCUAUGAGUUCAAGAGUACAGUGGACAAGCUCAUCAAGAAGACAAACUUGGCGUUGGUUGUAGGAACUCAUUCAUGGAGAGACCAGUUCAUAGAAGCCAUCACUGUCAGUGCAGCAGGCGAGGAGGAGGAGGAUGAGUCUGGUGAGGAGCGCCUGCCCUCCUGCUUUGAUUAUGUCAUGCAUUUCCUGACUGUCUUCUGGAAAGUGCUCUUUGCCUGCGUGCCCCCAACAGAGUAUUGCAAUGGCUGGGCCUGCUUCAUUGUGUCCAUCCUGAUCAUUGGUAUGCUCACUGCCAUCAUUGGAGAUCUGGCCUCCCACUUUGGCUGCACAAUUGGCCUCAAGGAUUCUGUGACUGCCGUGGUCUUCGUGGCCUUUGGCACUUCAGUCCCAGAUACUUUUGCUAGCAAAGCAGCCGCUGUUCAAGACAUUCAUGCAGACGCUUCCAUUGGCAACGUCACAGGCAGCAACGCAGUCAACGUCUUCUUGGGCAUUGGACUGGCAUGGUCAGUAGCUGCCAUCUACUGGGCUUCUCAAGGAGAGGAGUUCCACGUGUCAGCUGGCACUCUUGCCUUUUCUGUGACACUGUUCACCAUUUUUGCUUUUGUCUGUAUCAGCGUGCUAUUGUACCGAAGACGGCCUCAUUUUGGAGGAGAACUAGGAGGUCCUAAAGGGUGCAGACUUGCCACAACUUUGCUUUUUGUGAGUCUGUGGCUGUUGUACAUUUUAUUUGCUACCCUGGAGGCCUAUUGCUACAUCAAGGGGUUCUAAUUCCUGGAGAGAUUUCAAGCCAGAAGGGAGGCCUUCUCCUCCUCUGAUACCUCAUUGAACACCAGUCCUAAGAGUGUUGUCUAACCAGGAGUGGCCGCUCACUAUCAAUUUUCCAGAACUGCCCAGGUUAAAGGAUGACCGGGCUUCAAGAAGGGCAAAAUUAUCAUCAUAAAAAGUCAAGACAGAUAUUAAAAUAAAGCCAACAGCAUCAAUCAUUCAGUCAAAUCAGAAACAUCAGCAGUUCCUAAAGUACCCAUUUGCUGAAUUCUUCUGUAAGACUCCACAAUGUUCAUUCCUCCACUUUACGAAAUAUAUAUUCAGAUAACGAUCUUAUAAAGCAUUGGGAUGGGUGUUGUUUUUUUUUAAUUUGGGGAGGGUGAAUCUUACCUGAUCUAUUUUCCUUUUUUAACACAAAGAAAGGGUCUGAAAAAAAAAUUACAGGUUCAACUUUCAUGCCACAUCAGAGCUGGAGUUGAAAAUGCUCUAUAUUUUUUACUCUAUAUGAACAUUUAAUUAUCAUUUUUCACUUUGUUUUAGAGUUAUAGUGCUAUUGUAUUUUAAGUGCAAACAUAACCCAUAUAGACAUGACACCAACACGUACGGACACACAGACGAAAACUACAGUUGAAAACUGGAGCAUGUAGCAAAUAAUACACCUCCCUGGGCUACCAAAAAAAAAAAAAAAAGAACAAGGAGAACAAACUGUAAAGAUAUUCUAUGUAAUGUGUAUAUUUUGAAUAUGGCAAAUCUCUUUGUGUAAUUAACAUAAAAGCUUUUAGCACUGCAGAAUUAAAUAUAUAUAAAUAUAUAUAGUUAUUUAUACACAGCAAAUAAAUCAAUGCAAAGGAAAAACUGCAGUGUGAAAAAUACAAGCAAAAGAAAACCAGCACAAGUUUAUUACUAUUGUCAUUAUCAUCAUCAUUCUCAUUCUCAUCGUCAUCACCUUCUUCAUCAUCAUCUAUUUGUUCCAUAUGUGGAAAAAGAAGAUUCUUUUUUAAAUAGAUAAUAAUUUAUGUAAAUACAGUUUUCACACUUUUUGAGUGUUAAGAUAUCACUCAAAACCCUUCAAGAAUUAUAUUGUUUUGCUUUGACUUUGCUCUUUAAAACACUAAAUGAAGUUUAAAACAAUGGCAAUACCUCUAUACGUUUUGUCAGAUUGGAUAAUGGAAUCCCUCUUUAACAAAGGUUGUUUUAAAAAAAAAGCUACAUUCAAAUCUAAUACUAAAUCCUAGUUUGACGUUAACUUGAGGCCUGGUGGUGCAGUAGUUAGAAUGCAGUAUUGCAAACUAAUUCUGCCGACUGCCAGGAAUUCGAUCCUGAGCAGCUCCAGGUUAAUUCAGCCUUCGAUCCUUCUGAGGUCAGUAAAAUGAGGAGCCAGAUUGUUGGGGGCAAUAGAUUGACUCUGUAAACGGUGCAGUAAAGGGCUACGAAGCAGUACAUAAGUCUUAAGUGCUAAGUCUCCUGUUCAUGUUUAAAGAGCACAUUCCCCCCCCCUUUCUUCCUCCAAUGUGAUUACAAACAGGAGAUUGGAAAACGUCUAGUGUCAGUUAAUUAUUAUCAUAAUGCGACAAAUCAAAAUUUAGUGGAACUAUGCCUGUCCAAAGAAGUUAACUCAAAUGUGAUUUGCAGUUAUGGCUUGUUCAGGUGAUAUGAACAGAGAGGGAUGAUAUGGGUAACAUAACUAUAUUUUAAUAGAUAUGGAGUGAAGAUGUCUGAUUGUGAUUGCCCAUUACCAACAUUAGCCAAGAAUGAAAGUAAAUUAUGAAACAGCUGCAAUGCGUUAUUACUAAUCUACAUUUUGCCAUUGCUUGGUGUUCCAACGAGAUAAUUUAUGAACCCCUUUCAAGAUACAGGACAAUCUUUCAGAUGAUGCUACUAGAGAGUCGCUGCACUUUCUUGUAAAAAUGACCAUCAAUCUUGAGGGUUUGCAGAGGGAUUUCCAUUUUUUUCCCCCUAUAGAAAACACUGCUGAUAAUUUUCCAGAUAACGUGAUGCAUCUAUUUUACUUGCAAUGCAAGUAUCUUUUUGUUUCUUUUAUGUCCCUGCUUCUUGGCUUCCACAAGACUGAAAUGCUAUGAUCUUAAUGGCCACCAUUAAUCGUAUCUACAACUUUCUGGAAAAAAGAGCCUUUUGAUUUUUCUCCCCCCAACUCUGUGUGUGUAUAUGUGUAUAUCUUUCAAUAACUGCAGAUUUAAAUAUAGGAUUGAUACUAAAAAUUAUAUUCGUCUCAGCACUCUUUCACAUGCUUAUGCACACAAACCCAUUUCUUAAGCAUAAGGAGCAAGUGGGAAGCUAGAUUCUUUUUAUUUACUUAAGAAAAAUAGUUCUUUUUCAUCCAGAAAUACAGGAGUUGUAAAGGAACUUUUUUUUUCUUAGAUUUUGAACUCCUUGGCAGGUGAACAAGAAAAGUGAAGUAUCUGUAUUUUGUACCUUUUUUAUAAGUUUUUUUAAGAAGCUUAUGAGCAUUUGAGACUGAUCCUAUAUAGGGGCAGUGACUCAAAGAAUACAUUCCUGAGCGUGGAAAUAGAUGCAAAGUAAUUGACACUGAUUAAAAAAGGGUUAACAAGAGUUUUUAUGCCAACCAUACUCCGCUUUUAUUGCCUUAUUCCAUAUAAAAAAGGAAUCCCUAUGGAUUUUAUUCUGCUAGUCGUUGCCGACUAUAGGGGGAGGUGCUCAUCUCCAUUUCAAGGACUGUUGAGCUAGCGCUGUCCAAAAAUGUUUCCACAGUCACGUGGCCAGCAUGAAGUCACAGAGCGCUGUUGCCUUCCCAAUGAAGUGGUACCUAUUUAUCUACUUGCAUUUGCAUGAUUUCAAACUGCUAGGUUGGCAGGAGUUAGGGCAAGGACAGGCAUUCACCCCAUCACGUGACAUGCGGGUCUCAAACAUGGACUGUUGGCUUUUCAACCAACAAGCCCAGCAUCUUAACCCCUGAGCCAUCACCCCACCUCCUAUUCUAUAUAAUUGAUUAUCUCAACUUUCAAGUUGGGGGGGAAAUGCCAUCCCCUAAGAAAUUGCUAAAAAAAAAAAAAGAUUAAUUUCAAACAAAGGUGUGGCUCUUCUCAAUGAUUACAGUAUAUGAGACAGACAGGAUGUACCACGUCACCAAAGCGUGAUGUCUCACACUGUGGUUCUUAACAGUUUCAGAACAGCAGAUACCUGUGCCUAAUGGCAUAACAGGGAUUCCCUUUGGGUAGAAUCACUUUGUGCCCAACACAAGCAUCGUUAUCCCUAAGCCAGGCAUAUUUUGCAGGGGGGGAAAAUGCUUUCCCCAUCUUUCAUUUGCUUGUUACAAUCUAUUUUAACGUUACCUGCUUGAAUUCUUCAGGAUAGGAAGGAGGCAGAUCUGAAGUCUAAUAAAUCUCUUGGUUCCUGCUGUACAAAAAGUCCUGUACAAAUCCUUGACUUUAUAAAUUAUUACCUCUUCUGGAUAUAAAAAGAAAGAAGAUUGAUAUAAUUUUGAGGAGUCAUCAUAGUCAGCUAGAAUCGGUGUGAUUUAAUAAUACGUUGUUGCAGCGUACCUUAAUACUAAUGAUCUUUUCACCGGAAAAAAAAAAAGUUCUGUCCUUCCUUUGAUUUUUCAUUUAUGUCUUUGGGUUUUAUUUGUCACAUUUGUGUUGUACCUUUCCCCAAAGAAGCCCAGGACAAUACAAAUGAAGCCUUGUUUUAUCCUUACAUCCUUGCAGUGACCUUGCAAGGGGAAGUUAGCCUGAACCGUCUGUAUGGUUGCUAAGCAUUGCAUUUGGGCUUGCAGUCCAGUUUCACAAGUCAUUUGUUCAGUGCAGUGAAUAUUGUUGUCUUCCCUGACUCAGAUAGGAAGUUUCAGCUCACAGCUCUUAGUGAUGAGCUAUAUACAGGCAACAGCCUGUCUACUGGUUUAUUUAAAUAGUGUUUUUGGUCAUUAAGGUUUUCAGGUGAGUUGUACUUGAUUUUGCCUAUCUCCCCCAUUUCUGGUUGAUACAUGGCCUUGUUACAAUAAAGCCUGUUAACUUUAUCUACAUGGAUGGUUUCAACCACAUUCCUAUCAGUUUCUUCAUGAAGUCUACCUUUUGGGUAGGGAGAACUGGAGGUAUCACCAUGUCAUGUUUACCAUAUAUAUGUACAGGGAAGAUCUGGUCUAGGCUGACUUUCUCCACAAAGUGUUUUAUCAUUUUAUUUUUAACUCAUUAAAAUGCAAGAGAAAUAAGCUGAAA